GCCCCCGUAGCUCCAGCCCCAGCGGGAGUAUCGGCAGCACCGGCAGCCUCGGAAGCAGCAGCAGUGCCAGCGAGGGCAUCGGUAGCAGCAGCGUUUCGAGUGGCGGCGACCUGCGAGGUCCUAGUCCGCCGCUGGAUGUCAUCUCAGAGGACGCCAUGGAGAUGGACCUCGAAGGCGACCAAGUGAUCAACCCUGAAGUCGCUCUGAAAGCUUGUCAGGAAGUUCUUCUCAAAGUCCAGCUGCAGAACAGAGACAUGCCUGAACAGCAGCAGCAGCACACAGACUCGUCGGAGCGCUGUGCUCCUCAGUACUUGAGUCGCAUGAGUCCAGACACCAGCUCCAUCAAAGAGGAAGAAGAGGAGGAGGAGAAACAAGGUGGAACGUCCCAACAAGACCUGUGUCCUUCAGCCCGACCGCAGUCCUCUCCACUGCCACCGGGGGUGUCACCAUCAUCGAAACAGUCGUGGCUGCUGCGUCUCUUUGAGUCCAAGCUGUUUGACGUUUCCAUGGCGAUCUCCUACUUGUACAAGUCAAAGGAGCCUGGGGUGCAGGCGUACAUCGGGAACCGACUCUUCAGCUUCCCUGACGCUGAGGUGGACGUCUACCUGCCGCAGCUUCUCAACAUGUAUGUGCACAUGGACACGGAAGUGGGAGACGCCAUCAGACCGUACCUGAUCCAUCGCUGCAGAGAAAGCAUCACCUUCUCGCUGCUGUCGGCAUGGCUGCUCGGGGCCUACUCCUCAGACAUGCACAUCUCCACCCAGCGUCACUCCAGAGGCACCAAACUCCGAAAACUCAUCCUGUCCGAUGAACUCAAGCCAUCUGCUCUGACACCUGUCACUUCCAGACCAACUUCAGCUUCUGUCUCUGAAAGCCCAAUGUCAUCUCCGUCCCACCGCCGCUGUCACCGCAGGCACAACAGCAGCAACGUGGAGGCCUCCACUGCCACCUUGCCAAACAACCCCACAUCGGGGGAGUGUGAGGUCUUUGUUUCUCCAUCUAGAAGGACCCACCAGAGAUCCAAGUCAGACGCCACCACGGCGAGCAGCGGGCCUGGCACUGGCCUCCGACGAACGGGAAGUAACCCGAAGGUGGAGUCGGUUCAUGAGGAGCCCGAGCGUCUCCGUCCUCAGCGGGAGUUCGUCAAGUCUCUGCUCUGCAUUGGGAAGCGUUUGGCGACGUUGCCGACCAAAGAGCAGAAGACGCAGCGGCUGAUCUCAGAGCUGUCGCUGCUCAACCACAAGCUACCGGCCCGAGUGUGGCUGCCCACUGCCGAGCACCAGCACCACGUCUGCAGGAUCCCGCACACGCAGGCUGUCGUCCUGAACUCUAAAGACAAGGCGCCGUACAUCAUCUACGUGGAGGUUUUGGAGUGCGAAAGCUUCGAGACGUCUCUCAUUCCCAUUCGGAUUCCGGAGACCAGGAUCCGUUCAGCUCGUUCUGCAGAAAACCUGGACUGUGGCAGCGUCAUGGCGACCAUGGCUAACGGGAUGACAUCAGAGCACAGGGCGGGAAGUUUCUCCACCGUCCCAAACUACGACAAUGACGACGAAGCGUGGGCCACUGACGACAUUGGACAGCUGCAGGUGGAGGCUGAGGCUCAGACCAGCAGCAGUGACAACAUCAGUCAGUUUUCAGUCGACAGCAUCACAAGUCUGGAGAAUAAAGAGCCAGUGUUCAUAGCUGCUGGAGACAUUAGACGCCGUCUGUCCGAGAACCUCGCUCACACUCCAACUACGUUCAGGCGAGACCCUGAGGACCCGUCAGCAGUCGCCCUCAAAGAACCCUGGGAGGAGAAAGUCAGGCGAAUCAGAGAAGCUUCUCCAUACGGUCACAUGACUAACUGGAGGUUACUGUCAGUCAUCGUGAAGUGUGGAGACGACCUGAGGCAGGAGCUGCUGGCCUAUCAGGUUCUCCGACAGCUGCAGUCGAUCUGGCAGCAGGAGCGAGUUCCUCUGUGGAUCAAACCGUAUAAGAUCCUGGUGAUGUCAUCAGACAGCGGAAUGAUCGAGCCCGUCCUCAAUGCCGUCUCUCUGCACCAGGUGCGUAAACAGAGUCAGCUGUUGCUGCUCGACUAUUUCCUGCAGGAACACGGCAGCUUCACCACCGAGGCCUUCCUGUCCGCGCAGAGGAACUUUGUCCAGAGCUGCGCUGGAUACAGUCUCAUCUGUUACCUGCUGCAGGUCAAAGACAGACAUAACGGGAACAUCCUGCUGGACUCUGAAGGUCACAUCAUCCACAUCGACUUUGGUUUCAUCCUCUCCAGUUCUCCUCGUAACCUCGGCUUCGAGACGUCCGCCUUCAAACUCACAUCAGAGUUCGUGGACGUGAUGGGCGGUUUGGACGGAGACAUGUUCAUCUAUUACAAGAUGUUGAUGCUCCAGGGUCUGAUCGCUGCCAGGAAGCAUAUGGAGAAGGUUCUGCAGAUCGUGGAGAUCAUGCAACAAGGUUCCCAUCUUCCAUGUUUCCAUGGCUCCAGCACCAUCCGUGGUCUGAAGGAGCGUUUCCACAUGUCUCUGACCGAGGAACAACUGCAGCUCCUGGUGGAGCAGCUGGUCGACGGAUCCAUGCGCUCCAUCACCACCAAACUCUACGACUCCUUCCAGUAUGUCACCAAUGGCAUCAUGUGACCAGAGGGGGCGCCGUUGUGACAUCAUCAAAUCUUUUCUGACUGAAUCUAAAACAUUUUCAAAGAGUCUGAGACAGAAGUGAAUCGAGACCUGAGGGACGUGAUGUUUACCUCGUCUGUUACAAGAUGGAUCUUCAGUGGCGCUCGCUGAGACAAAUUAACGACGUGAAGCCCGGCGAGGGAGGAGAGGAAACUCUGUAGGUGAGAAGGUGAGAAGUGGAAGAUUGGCGGCCAGCUCCAGAAGAUCUGUGGAUUGGCUCACACUCCAGCCAAGUAGCCAAUCAGAGAGGGAGGGCACCAUUUAAAAAGCCUCGGUUUGGCUUUGUUCUCGUUCUGUUGCCUUCUGUCAAGGAAGGUUUGUGGUGGGGAGGCUGAACUGAGGUAAGGCGGGGGUACCCUCUGCAUUCACACACGUAGGAUGAAUUUGUUACUACACUAGGUUAUGGGUUGUUGCCACUGAUGUACUUUUAUUAGUUUCAGUUUCAGAUAGUCAGGCCUUUGUGUUCUUUUUCUUUCUCACGGAUAGAGUUGAGCUAGGCCCUAAUUUGUUGUACUUUGUUUAUUUUGUUUGGCACAACCCCCCCAGUUCCUCCUCCCCCACAUGUUUCAAACCUAUGUUUGUUGUUUACCUUUUUUUAAUUGUAAAUAAACCUUUUUCUUUGACUGCC